UCAUGACGGGGGAGCGGUGAGCUUGGACCUUUUUUUUUUUUUUUUUUAGCAACAUAGCACGUAGAUUCAAAUACAUCCGAUUUUCUUUCCCCGGUAGUGUUGACAAGUAAGAAGAAUGAAGACCAUCCUUGCCGCAUACUCGGGCGUGCUGAAAGGCACCGGCUCCAGCCUCCUAUCCUCCCUGCAGGACCUGCCCUUGGCGUUCUGGCCAUGUGGAUCUAAAAUGGAGAAACAUCUCCAGGUCAUUUCCGUGUUGCAGUGGGUCAUCACCUUCUUAGCCUUAGGGGCAGUCUGCACUGUGCUUCUAAUCUACAUGUUCUGCACUGAUUGUUGGCUUAUCGCUGCCCUUUACACCUCUUGGCUCAUUGUUGACUGGAACACUCCAAAACAAGGUGGCCGGAGAUCAUCAUGGGUCAGAAGUUGGACAGUGUGGACAUACUUUCGAGACUAUUUUCCAAUAAGGCUAAUUAAAACCCACAACCUGCUGCCCAACCGGAACUACAUCUUUGGCUACCAUCCCCAUGGCAUCUUCUGUUUCGGUGCUUUCUGCAACUUUGGCACAGAGGCCACAGGCUUCUCCAAGAAAUUUCCCGGCAUCAAGCCCUCUCUGGCAACCCUGGCAGGAAACUUCCGAAUGCCUGUCCUACGAGACUACCUGAUGUCUGGAGGUAUCUGUCCUGUAAACAAGAACUCCAUUGACUACCUGCUAACAUGUAACGGAACGGGAAACGCAGUGAUCAUUGUCGUCGGAGGCGCGGCCGAGUCUUUGCACAGUGCACCGGGCAUGAACUCCGUCAUCCUGAAGAACCGGAAAGGCUUUGUGAGAAUGGCACUCCAGAAAGGGUCUGACUUGGUUCCCGUGUAUUCCUUUGGGGAGAACGAUGCCUACAAGCAAGUGAUCCUGGAGGAGGGUACUUACUGGAGAGCUCUCCAGAAGAAGUUGCAGAAGAUAAUAGGCUUCGCUCCAUGCCUUUUCCAUGGAUGUGGCCUCUUUUUUGGCAACUCCUGGGGUAUCGUGCCAUAUGGAAAACCCAUCACGACCAUAGUUGGGGAGCCAAUCACCGUGCCAAAAAUAGAGGAUCCAUCUGAUGACAUGGUGGAGCUUUAUCAUGCAAUGUAUGUCAAGUCCCUCCAGUGCCUGUUUGACCAGUACAAGACCCGUUUUGGCUUGAAGGAGAGCGACGUCCUGUACAUCGAAUGAAGGGGGAAAUUGUAACGUUUGAGAACUACGUCACGUCUGACACCCCCCGUUCAGAUCCCAGUCCAACCUCGAAGCCUAAUCUUUGGACUCGGAUAUCCACACAUGAACACGUUUUGCAUCUCCCAAGCAAAUAGGCCUAGAUGUUCUUCUGGGAUUGAUGGGUUAGAGAGAAUGUCUGUCUGUGGCUUGGACAGGAGGAAUCCCUUAACACAAGUGCCUUUUGCGUGUAUAUUUACAUUAACAUUCAGUUGUCAUGUAAGCACAAAGGGGAAGGUAAGGACUUGAAAAUAUGUGCAUUCAUAUAAUUCCCACAAAAAUCACAAGAUUAUUUUAUAAAAGCACAACCAAUGCAUAUUAAGUGAACCACCAAAGACCUGUCCUCACAAAUGAAUGUACAGCAGCGAACGUCUUUUUAAGUCAAGCCUAUCCGUCUCCGUGGGAUUCCUGUGUCGAAAAAGCAAUGCAAAUUUGCAUGCAAUUUUUAGACUGCCAUAAAGUAUUAAUUUUAUUCACGGUAGAGGAAAAAAAAGCCUGUGUCAGUGCUUGUUUCUUGAAUGAAUAUUUCCAAUGCACUUUGUUCUCACUAAUUCUAUUCCAGGGGUUUUGUCAAAAGAAAAAAAAAUUCGGUACGGCGUGAUGUGUCAAAUUUAUUACUAUCUAAAUAUUUGAUAAAAUAAAGAUGCACCGACUGUGUGCUGGAAAUCACGAUACUAAAAUGUUCUCUGGGUUUGCCAUUGUGGAUUUAAAAAGUGCAGUGUAAUUCAUGUGCAAUACAACUGCAAGAAAUGCACAGCAAAGAGCUUUCUGUAUGAUGUAUAACAUUGUGUGCCAAACCGUAUUAAAUUAAAGUUUUGUAUAUUUUCAGAAGGAAUGUAUAUGGGGAAUUUUUUUUGUUGGAGGGCGGGCAUGUGAGCAACAAAUGGAGACUCAUUCUCUGAUAAUACUACGUCUUAAAAUGUACAAAAGUCACAGUUCCCUACAGUACAUCAUUUAACACUUUUGUUCUGAUAUGAAGCUAAGUGCCAGUUCAAAAUAAAACAGUGGCUUUGUUGAA